AUUCGUCUUUCACACCUGUCAAGGAGAAAAGAACUAUUAUGAAUGCAAAUCCAUUGGGCGCCAAGCUGGCAAAGCUGCUCUCGUCCUCGCUUGAUGACCCAAAACUCAGGACAUCGCUCGUGGCUUUGUCUGAUUUCUACUCGGUCAACGCGGUAAACGCGCGACACAACCUCAGAGGUGACAUCGAACGAAGAGGCACUGAAGUCAACUAUGAGUUCAUGUAUGAAUUGGAGAAGGUCAAUAUGCAAUUCUUGGAGUUAGAGGCAGAGAUGAACGCAAUGAACUCGCUUUGUCAAGAAAUGCAGGAUAGACUCAACUUGGCAAAUGACAAGACUGAGGCACUUUUAGAGCAAACAGAUGCCUUGAGAGAACAAAGUAAAAUAUGCCAGGUGCGACAGACAAUCAUGGAGGCUUUUCUGGAGCGGUUCACGUUAUCAGAGUCAGAAAUUACAAUUCUUUGUUCAACAGCUAUGGAUGUGACUCCUUCAUUCUUUAAUGCACUCGAGCACUUAGAAAAUAUCCAUGAAGACUGCAAUGCACUCUUAAUCACAGAGCACCAGAGAGCAGGUCUAGAAAUCAUGGAAUCCAUGCGCACAUACCGUAGCAUCUCUUAUGAAAAAUUAUAUCGCUGGAUGCAAAAUGAAUGCAAAAACAUGACUCGACCUGACGGGAUGAUGGAAGUACGGGAAGUGACUAAGAGGGCCACCCAGGCACUGAAGCAAAAUGACCACUUUUUUAAACUGAUAAUGGAGGAGCUGGUCCAUGUCCGUCGCAAUGCCAUCCUCAGAGCUUUUAUUGACGCUUUAACAAGGGGAGGGCCAGGAGGCACACCCCGACCCAUCGAGCUGCAUGCUCAUGACCCGCUGCGUUACAUUGGAGAUAUGUUGGCAUGGAUUCAUCAAACAGUGGCAAGUGAACGCGAAUUCUUGGAGAGCUUGCUGAGUAGCGAGAAACGAAACAAGGAUCGAGGACAAAUAGAGAUCAAAUUACCCAAGCCCAGCCCACUUCGACUUGCUGAGAGCGAUAUGUCUGAUACUGAGAUUAUAGAUUCUCUACUCGAUAAAAAUUUAGAAGGAACUGCUAGGCCGUUGAAGUCUCGAGUAGAACAGGUUCUUAUAUCGCAGGCCAACGCCAUUCAAGCCUUCAGAAUCUCAAACCUUAUCAAGUUCUAUUCGUCGACGAUUGACAAAGCCAUUGGCUCAGAAGCAACGUUGUCCAAGACACUCCAUGAUAUCUCGCAAUCAUCCAUGCAGGUAUUUUAUGAGGCUAUUGGUAAACAGUCAGCAGAUCUUUUGAGACGGCCAGAAACGCCGGGAGCCGAUUUAGGGCCCACUUCGGCUGUUAAGGAGAUUGUGUUGCAAUUGAAAGAAAUAAUGAAGUCGUUUGAUACAUCAUUCGUACAAGCAGAUGAAGGAAACCAGGACUUUGCUCCGAUCUUGGGCGCUAUUGUUGAUCCGCUCUUCCAAGCCUGUGAGAUCGGUGCAGCAAACCAAAAUACCUUCAAUCGAGCUAUUUUCAUGAUGAAUUGCCUGCACUAUGUCCAGACGGCUCUUAUAUAUCCGUUCACGAAACAUAAAGUCGAAGAGCUUGAAAAACAAAUUCAAGAAUAUGUUGAUAUUGUUGUUGUUGAGCAGCAUAUCGUAUUGCUCAAGCAAUCUGGUCUUGCGCCACUUAUUCAGGCUAUGGAAACGAAGGAUGAAAAGGUACCCCUCUCAUCAGUACCUAAUAUGGAUGCGGCAUCCAUAUCUGCAGUACUUUCAAGGUUAGGCUACUUUUUAGGCUCUGCCAAUGUGGAUCUGACAUCAAGGCUAUCCAAGAUUGUAUCAUCUAGACUGGCCAAGACCAUCAGCACACAGAAUCUAAAACUAUUUGUAGAUGCAUACCGCCGUAUGUGCGAAGUAAUUGAGGACCCUAGGAACGGGUAUGACUCCCCAGCUACGAUCCUAGUACACACUGCAGAUGAUGUUGAAAAGCUCCUUGUAGAAGGCUGAGUUCCUCAAGCUCAGAAUAUUCAUUUUAAAAUAGAUUAUCCCAUUCAAACGAUACAUUGUUAGCAGAAUAUUUUUACACUGUAGUAGAGC